UGUAAUGUAACAACAUUAGUAAACCAAACGAAAAACAAAAUGCCUCCUUCUGAUAUACUUCAUUUUCGUCCUCUUGUUCAAUUUUCACCUCCACAUACAACAACUCAAGCACAAGAAAAUCAACCUUUUAUAUUUCACAAAUAUCAAAAAAUAACAAAAGAGAUGAAUCUCACAAAAAAGAAACUCAUUCCUAUCCUUGUUUUGUUCCUUUCAAUCAUAUCAAUACUCAGAAUUCUAAGCCUCACUAUCAAAACUACUUCAUCUUUUUCUACUUCUACUUCAUCUUUUUCGUCCUACAACAAAGUUUCAUCACAUAAACAUGAAUCCUCCAACAUCACUACCAUCCUCAAAGAGAAAGAAUUCAAAGUUUUAAAAAAUCUAAUAUCUCUUAAAUCACCAUGCAACAUCCUCAUAUUUGGUUUUCAACCACAAUUCCUUAUCCUAUCUUCAAUGAAUGAAGGUGGCGACAUCGUCUUUCUCGUCGAUAACCACGACAAACCAACAAACAUGGUAACAACAAACUCCAACAACACUCAAGUACACAAUUUCAACUACAAUGUACCAACAAAAGAAGCUUAUAAACUACUCAAACAUGCAAGAAACAAUCAUGAAUGUGGACCAAACCCAAUAUAUCUUCAAACAUCAAAAUGUAAACUUGCAUUGAAAAAUUUGCCUGCAAUAGUGUAUGAGAAAAAUUGGGAUGUCAUAGUGGUGGAUGGACCGAAUGGAGAUUCGACCGAGUCGCCGGGUAGAAUGUCAUCCAUUUACACUGCUAGUGUUCUUGCUAGAGGUGGAAAUGGUUCAGAUGUAAUAGUACAUGAUGUAGAUAGAAUGGUAGAGAAAUGGUUUUCUUGGGAAUUUCUUUGUGAUGAGAAUUUGUUGUAUUCUAAAGGGAAGUUAUGGCAUUUCAGAAUUAGAGGUCAUUUGAAUUCCACUACAUUUUGUCCUGUGACAACAGAGAGAAGGGGCUCCAGUAAUUCAGAGUUCUAAUGCAUUGACAAAUUUGUACAUACAAGCCUAAUAUAAUUACAGUGGCUUACAUGAACUAGCUGUGAAGUAAAUAACAGUAGUACUGAUUAGUCAUUGAUUAUAUGAGAUAAUAGUAAUAAAUAGAUAGAAAUUAUAACAUUAAUCAUGUAAAAAAUAUAUUUAUAGUGUAGGCGCAGCAUGAGCGUGACACAACUUGUGCAGGUGCUAGGCGCAAUUGGCGCUCACCACUAUCACUGCAAUAUGCGCGGUUGGCGCCUCACAGAGCAAUUCUUGCAUACACACACAAACUUAAGAAACUAAGAUAAUGGAGGAAGAAAAUGAUAGAUGGAGAGUUUUCAUUAGUUGGGAAUAGGAUGAUUACAAUUACAACAUGUAUUUAUAGCAAUGACUUGAAUGCCAAGUAACUAACAAAUGUU